AUGGAGGAUUCGUUCACGUUUCGUGGACAUUUCUCCGUUCUCGUAGCCCAGAAGGUGUGCCAAGGUGUUUACCCGGGCGUGACGACUGCUGAAUUGGAUGAGCUCGCGGCUGAAACCGCAGCGGCGAUGACUUCCAAGCAUCCGGAUUACGCGCAGCUUGCCGCGCGAAUCGCCGUUUCAAACUUGCACAAGACGACGGACAAAUCUUUUUCGACGACGAUGAAGAAGAUGUACGAACACACGAACCACAGAAACGGCAAGUGGUCCCCGUUGCUCGCCGAUGAUGUGUACGAGAUCAUCACAGAGAAUGCGGAAAGAUUUGACGCGGAAAUUGUCUACGACCGUGACUUUGAUUACGACUACUUUGGUUUCAAAACUUUGGAGCGCUCGUACUUGUUGCGCAUCGACGGUAAAGUUGUCGAGCGCCCGCAGCACAUGUUGAUGAGAGUAUCCAUCGGUAUCCACAAGAAGGAUAUCGAAAAGGCUGUUGAUACGUAUCACAUGUUGUCUGAACGUUGGAUGACCCACGCGUCGCCAACCUUGUUCAACGCCGGUACGCCGCGACCGCAACUCUCCUCGUGCUUUUUGAUUUGCAUGAAGGAAGACUCCAUUGAAGGUAUCUACGACACGUUGAAGGAAUGCGCGUGCAUUUCCAAGUCCGCCGGCGGUAUUGGUUUGUCUAUUCACGACAUCCGCGCCACUUCGUCGUACAUUAGAGGCACAAACGGUACCUCGAACGGUAUCAUUCCGAUGCUUCGCGUGUUCAACGACACGGCGAGGUACGUGGACCAAGGCGGCGGUAAGCGCAAGGGCGCUUUUGCCAUUUACCUCGAACCGUGGCACUCUGACAUCUUCGACUGGCUCGACUUGCGAAAGAACCACGGGAAGGAAGAAGCGAGAGCUCGUGACUUGUUUUACGGUUUGUGGACGAACGAUUUGUUCAUGAAAAGAGUCGAAGAAAACGGCAAGUGGACGUUAAUGUGCCCGAACGAGUGCCCGGGUUUGUCCGAAUGCUGGGGUGAAGAGUUUGAAGCUUUGUACACCAAGUACGAAAAAGAAAACAAGGGUAAGAAGACGAUCAACGCCCAGCAGCUUUGGUUUGCGAUUCUUGAAGCGCAAGUGGAAACUGGUAACCCGUACAUGUUGUUCAAGGAUGCGUGCAACCGCAAGUCGAACCAACAAAAUUUGGGCACGAUCAAAUCGUCCAACUUGUGCACAGAGAUCGUCGAAUUCACCUCGCCGGAAGAAACUGCCGUUUGUAACUUGGCCUCCAUCGCUUUGCCGCGAUUUGUCAUCGAAAAGAACGAGAGCUCUCCGACUGGCAAGACGGAAACGAAGAAAUUGUUGGGCUCUCUCAGAGCGAGCGACCGUUACUUUGAUCACGCCAAGUUGAGUGAAAUCACGAGAAAGGUGACUCGCAACUUGAACCGCAUCAUCGACGUCAACUAUUACCCGGUCGAAACUGCGAAGAGAUCGAACAUGAAGCACAGACCGAUUGGUUUGGGUGUCCAAGGCUUGGCUGACGUAUUUAUCUUGCUCGGCUUACCGUUUGACUCUCCGGAGGCGCAAAAGUUGAACGCCGAAAUCUUUGAGACGAUUUACUUCGCGGCGUUGCAAGAAUCGAACGAACUCGCGAAAGAAGAGGGCACGUACGAAUCCUACGAAGGUUCCCCGGUUUCCAAGGGUGUGUUGCAACCGGACAUGUGGGGCGUUACCGAAAUGCCGGGCGGCGAUAGACACGGCUGGAGCGCGUUGAGAGAAUCCAUCGCCAAGCACGGCGUUCGCAACUCCCUCUUGGUUGCACCGAUGCCAACCGCGUCAACCUCCCAAAUUUUGGGUAACAACGAGUGCUUUGAACCGUAUACAUCGAACAUUUAUGCGAGAAGAGUGUUGUCCGGUGAAUUCACCGUCGUCAACCAGCACUUGUUGUCGGAUUUGACCGAGAUGGGCUUGUGGGAUCCAACGUUGAAGAACAGUUUGAUCUCUGACAACGGCUCUGUCGUCAACCUCGACAUCCCGGAUAACUUGAAGGCUAUUUACAAGACUGUGUGGGAAAUCAAGCAACGUAUAUUGGUGGACAUGGCUGCCGCUCGAGGCGCGUUUAUCGACCAGUCGCAGUCGUUCAACGUCCACAUGUCUGAUGCCAACUCCGGUAAGUUGACUUCCUUACACUUCCACGCGUGGAAGUCUGGAUUGAAGACUGGUAUGUAUUACCUCAGAUCCAGAGCUGCUGCGGAUGCGAUCAAGUUUACCGUCGACCCGACGAAGGCUGCGAAAAAGGUGGAGAAGGAGAACGUCUUGAAGCCGUCCAACGGCGGGCCGAAACCAACCGCCGUCCCGACGAAGAAGGAAGUUUCGGAGAUGAGUGAAGCGGAACAGGAAGCGCACAUGGCGGCCAAGCUCAAGUGCUCGCUCGAGAACAAGGACGAGUGCUUGAUGUGUGGAUCUUAA